CCAGUUUUAAACAAAAGACAUCUGUGUUCUAAUUGCACUCCGUGAGUACGAGGGAUUAAUUUCUUUCAACUUUGCGAGAAAAGGUUUCAUCUUUUUCAUCUUUUUCAACUCUCACUGUGAAAUUACAGAGACCCAAUUGAAGAUCUUUUGAGGAUUAUGAAUGAGCUGAUCAGAAGGGACUGAUAGAAGUGUUAUUUUUGUUAGGUUUGAAGGAGAGAACUGAUUGUGUGGUUUAAUUUUGGUACUGAUAUAGAAGAGAGGUUUUUUAGGUGGUUUUGGAAAUGGAAGAAGGGUCAUUUCGGAGCUCUAUACCAACUUAUGUUGAUAAGUCGAAAGUCUUGGAUGUAAAGCCUCUGCGGACAUUGAAGCCUUUGUUUGUGUCCUCUGCACAAGCACCUCCAUUGUUUAGUUCUUCCCCCUCGGGUCCGUUUCCAUCCGGGUUUACUCCAUUUUACCCAUUUAGCAUGAACGGAGAAUCUCCCGGGAAGAAUCAGCGAGGUGGGAUGGCUUCUGAUAAAAUGGAUGUGGAUGGUGCAAAUGGAAAUGCGGGGUCCUCACGGAAAAGGGGGGCUGGUAAACAGAAAAAGGCUGCAAGAAAGUCAGUAGGAAGUAGAAAUGCUGGUGUCUCAUUCACAGUUAAUGGUGGUGCUAAUUUUAUUGCUAGAUGCACCCCGUUUAAUAAGGAAGAUGGUGACAGAGAAAUGGUUGAGUAUGUACUCAUGACUUUUGAUGCUGUCAGAAGGCGGCUUAGCCAAGUUGAAGAAGCGAGGGAAGCACCUAAUGGAUCUAUUAAGCGUCCUGAUCUGAAAGCUGGUAAUGUAUUGAUGAGCAAAGGCGUGCGGACAAACAUGAGGAAGAGAAUCGGUGCGACUCCUGGUGUUGAGAUUGGGGACAUCUUCUUUUUCCGGUUUGAGAUAUUGGUAGUGGGGCUUCAUGGUCAGUCUAUGGGCGGGAUUGAUACCUUAAUUACCAAGGGGGGUAAAGGAGAUGAUUCUUUGGCUAUUAGCAUAGUCUCUUCGGGAUAUUAUGAUGAUGAUACAGAGGAUAAGGAUGUUUUGAUCUACAGUGGGCAAGGUGGAAAUCCUAUUAGUAAAGAGAAGGAGGCAUCUGAUCAGAAGCUUGAGAAGGGAAAUCUUGCUCUGGAGAGAAGUUUACAUCAGGCUAAUGAGGUCAGAGUCAUUCGAGGUAUGAAAGAUCCAAUGAAUUCGUCAGUGAAAAUUUAUGUUUAUGACGGCCUGUAUACAAUCAAGGAGUCAUGGUUGGAGAAAGGAAAAUCAGGUUGCAGUGUGUUCAAGUAUAAAUUGGUAAGACUACCUGGGCAGCGCAGUGCUUUUGCUGAUUGGAAUUCUAUCCAGAAAUGGAAAGCUGGACUGUCCUCACCAGCUGGACUUAUUUCUCAAGAUAUCAGUUCAGGUGCUGAAAAGAUUACUGUUGCUCUUGUUAAUGAUGUUGAUGGUAGGGAGGCUCCUUCGUAUUUCACUUACUCUACAGUGCUCAGGUAUUCAAGAUCUAUCAGAUUGACGAAUCCUUCUGUUUGCAACUGCCAUAAGGCCUGUCAGCCAGGAGACCUCAAUUGCUCAUGCAUCCGCAACAAUGGAGGUGACUUUCCUUAUGCAUCCAGCGGGGUACUAGUGAGUCAAAAGCCAUUGGUGCAUGAGUGUAGUCCAACAUGUCCUUGCUUUCCUACUUGUAAGAAUCGAGUGUCCCAGAGUGGUUUAAAAUUGAAGAUGGAAGUGUAUAAAACAACAGACAAGGGUUGGGCCUUGAGAUCAUGGGAUCCUAUCCGAGCUGGUUCCUUUAUAUGUGAAUAUGCAGGUGAAGUCGUAGACAGUCCGUCUGGGUUGCAGGGCAUAGGUCAGGAAGAUGAUUACAUCUUCGACACAUCACGCGUUCUUGGCCAGUCAUACAAAUGGAACUAUGAGCCGAGUUUGCUUAAUGAGGAGAUCCCUGAUGAAUCUACUGAAAAUGACAACAUCCCAGCACUAGUCAUCAGUGCAAAAAAUGUUGGCAAUGUAGCUCGAUUUAUGAAUCACAGUUGCAAUCCAAAUGUCUUCUGGCAACUGAUUCAGUAUGAACAGAACAGGGAUUCAUUUCUUCACGUUGCAUUUUUCGCAAAGAAACACAUUCCCCCGCUUACAGAGUUGACUUAUGAUUAUGGCAUUAGCCAGUUUGAAACCCAUAGGAGAAGGAAUUGCUUAUGUGGAUCAGAAAAGUGCAGGGGCUUUUUUGGUUAAAGAUGGCUGGGAAAUGCAUUUGGCACCAAGCAUGAUCAUCAAGAAACCAGUCUCUAUGGCAAUUUAGAAGUUCACAACUCCGUUUCUGCAGUUUGAUUACAUAUUGCUCUUGGCUGAAGGCAUGGAGGCAAGCUCAUACUUAUCAUGUACUUGGGCGUAUUUGCAUUAGUUCUUUACCCGGUGUAUUGCUUCAUGCAGACUACCGUAUUUAGCUUUUAUUUAUGAUCAGUGCUUUAACUUAUGUUUAUGAUCCGCCCUUGUAGCGGAUAGACAUGUAGACUGUAAACCUUUUCUAUGCACCCCUCUUUAGAUAUUA